AUGGAAACCACGACACAAACUGCUGCAGAACCUCGAGCAGAUGAUCGCCUCGAUCAAGCCGCUUGUGACGAACGCCUCUGGGUCCCGCAGGCCCCGGGCGUUUGGUUCCGUCCGCUCCUUUUCUCCGUCUCUGGGGGCUACUUCGUCAACAUCCUCCGCGUCCGCCGCUCCGGUAUUCUCUCUCGCCAUCGCCACGCCGGCGCUGUCCACGCAACAAUCUUGAAAGGUAGAUGGCACUACCUUGAGCACCCAUGGUGGGCCACCGAAGGAGGCUACGCGUAUGAGCCCCCGGGAGACAUUCACACGCUCGAAGUGCCCGAAGAUGUCAAGGAAAUGGUUACAAUGUUCCAUGUAACGGGAGCGUACAUCUACGUUGACCCAGAUGGAGUGCCUGUCGGUGUGGAAGAUGUCUUCAGCGUACUCGUUCGACGUCUUCAUCUACUUUUUCUUUAG